AGCGCACUAAGGUAUCUUCCCGAGAGCGACCGUCCCUCCGCGUCUCUGCACUGCGCACCCCGUCCGGCCGCCUCGUCGCCCCCGCCGCCCGCCCGUGCGUCCGAGCGGCCGCAGCCCUCCGCCGAGGGCGCCCCGGGACGGAAGGGUCCAGCAGCCUGCCGGCGCCCGCCGCGCUCGUGGUCGCCGUCGCCGUGGUCGUCGUGGUCGUGUCCGCCGUCGCCUGGGCCAUGGCCAAUUACAUCCACGUCCCGCCCGGCUCGCCCGAGGUGCCGAAGCUCGACGUGACGGUGCAGGACCAGGAGGAGCAGCGCUGCCGCGACGGCGCCCUGAGCCUGCUGCAGCACCUGCGGCCGCACUGGGACCCCCGGGAGGUGACCCUGCAGCUGUUCACAGAUGGGAUCACAAACAAACUCAUUGCCUGCUACGUGGGCGACACCAUGGACGAUGUGGUUCUGGUGAGGAUUUAUGGCAACAAGACUGAACUGUUAGUUGACCGAGAUGAAGAAGUGAAAAGUUUCCGUGUGCUGCAGGCUCAUGGCUGUGCACCUCAGCUCUACUGCACCUUUAACAAUGGACUGUGCUAUGAGUUUAUCCAGGGUGAAGCUUUGGACCCACAGCAUGUCUGCAACCCGGCCAUUUUCAGGCUCAUAGCUCGUCAGCUUGCUAAAAUCCAUGCUAUUCAUGCACACAAUGGCUGGAUCCCCAAGUCUAACCUAUGGCUAAAGAUGGGAAAAUACUUCUCUCUCAUUCCCACAGGAUUUGCUGAUGAAGACAUUAAUAAAAGGUUCCUAAGUGAGAUCCCCAGCCCUCAGCUUCUUCAGGAGGAGAUGACUUGGAUGAAGGAGAUUCUUUCCAGCCUGGGCUCCCCUGUGGUACUCUGCCAUAAUGACCUGUUGUGUAAGAAUAUAAUCUACAACGAGAAACAAGGUGACGUACAGUUCAUUGAUUAUGAGUAUUCUGGAUACAACUACCUGGCAUAUGAUAUUGGAAAUCAUUUCAAUGAAUUUGCAGGUGUCAGCGAUGUAGACUAUAGUCUCUACCCAGACAGAGAACUCCAGGGCCAGUGGCUGCGCUCUUACCUUGAAGCCUACAAGGAGUAUAAGGGCUUUGGCAGUGAUGUCACUGAAAAGGAAGUAGAGACACUCUUCAUUCAAGUCAAUCAGUUUGCACUGGCUUCUCACUUCUUCUGGGGACUCUGGGCUUUGAUACAAGCUAAGUACUCCACGAUCGAGUUCGACUUCCUGGGGUAUGCGAUUGUCCGUUUUAACCAGUACUUUAAAAUGAAGCCUGAGGUCACAGCACUAAAAAUGCCAGAGUAAAGAAGAGGUCGCUGUUCUCCAGGAGCUGAGCGACGCUUGUGGAUGUUUCUGAGAAAUUCCAAAAGCCAAUAUUUGUUAAAAGUCAUUUAAUUUGGUUAUCUUGCUUUAAAAAUUAUGCCUCUAAACAACCAACCUAUUUUUAAAUAGAAUGAUGUUAAGAGUAUGCUUACUGCUGUCAGUCUGUGGUGGGCUGAAGAUGUGACCAUCAGCAGAGAGAGUAGAGUCAGGCUUUAGCCUGUGGCAGUGCAGCCCAUGCUACGUGUGAAUUAUUUAUUACAGAUUGACAUGACUGACUACUUAGAUCUUUCAUUUGCUGGUUCAGUGUAUGUAAUGAGAAUAUUGUGGACAUCUUUAAAUGGUUCUUUCGAUAGAUUUGAUUUGAGAAAAACAUUCUUGUUGUUGAGUGUAACCUUUGUAAACUGAAUCAUUUACUCUCAACCUUUGGCAGUCAGUCCCUCAGUAGUAAGCUAGGGUAUUUUAGAGAAGUGCUCAUUGAGGAGGGGGCGAGGCAGGUACUGUCUCCUGGGGUAUAAUACUUUUUUCAAUUGGAAAUUGGAAAUCAUUUCUUUUUGGGGAGUACAACUUAGAAUUAAAUUGUCUCUUUACAUAGCCUGACAAUAUAAAAUAUAUUUACUGUAUAAGCCUGGAAUAUAACAAUUUAAUGUUAAAAACUGUUAUUAAGUCAUGUUUUCAAAUACUAGAUAUGGUCAUUUAAGGUAAUAGUCUCAAUUUUUAGAAUUUACCUAUCCACUUGUUUCUAACCAGAAGUUUUGUUUUACUUGAGAUACUCUGUUUUUGUUUAUUAAAUGAUAGUUGGCAUUGUUAGUAUUUGAAACAAACAUACAGAGUUCAUCAUACUUGGAAGCAAGGAAUGUCAUUUAGAUGCUUUCUAUUCCAAUUCAUUCCUUAAGUUGGUUUUGUGUCUGUACAGUCAGCAGAUAUUAAUCAUACAUGUAACUCCAGAAUAGUGUUGUUGGUGCAGUUACAGAAUCAGUAAGGAACAUUCGCUAGGUCAUUGAGCUUUGAAUACUUAAAGUCUAACAAAUAAGGAAAUGUGAAUUACACAGUAGUUGUGGUAGGAGGACUUGUUUUGGUUUCUCUUGGUUUUAUCAGUCUGGUUUUUAUUUUGUGUAGGUGAAGAGGGAGGCACCUACUUCAUGGAAGGAGGUUAGGUCUUUGAGGUAGACAAGGCUUUAAUCUUGAAGACUGCUCUGUGGGCUUGAGCAGUCGGGGUAACUUUACUUGGGUUAGUCACACAGGCUCUGCACUUUGGUCACAUAAGUGCUUCUGUACAAAGUUGGCUCCGUGGAUCUGCGUAGUUAAAUAUGCAGUGCAGAUCUGUUCUAGGUUUGUCCGAUGUUCACAUGACUUAGGUCUCAGCCAAGUGCUUUAAAAUACUUGGGUUGCCUCAAGGUGUUCAAACCUACUAAGUAGACAGGCCAUUUGAGAUGGUAAAUUCUAGCCACAUGCAUAGACUCUUCAAUACGUGUCUCUAACAGUGUUAGACCUGGAUUCGGUUUCUACCUCCCCAAUGCUGUAAUGUUCACGUCUGUUUUCAUGAACCACAUUACUGUAAGAUCAUCACAAUUCUGCCGACUUCCUUGAAUGGAAAAGAACGACAAGCUCUUUACAACGCAAACAGGCCAAAGCCUGGCUUAGUGGGAUCCGCUCUUGGUGAGAGCAUUGUUAUGCGAUGAGACAGGUGCAGGCCUCCUGACUGCUUACCUCCUGAACGUCCAUCCAAGAGUGUGUGUCCUGUGCAAGCCCUGGAGAAGAAGACAGUGUUUGCUAGUCUGUUCCUGUUUUGAGAGUGCUUUCAAUGGAGGCUCACUGUGCUGCUGCUGCUGCUGCUGCUGCGCUGGUGCUGGUGGACUGCAAGCAGCCCGCUGAAAUGUGACAGACUGCCGUGGCAGUGAGUGCCAUGACAAUGAGGCUUCCUUGUUCACUCUGCUAGCAAGUAAGAGAUGUUGGAAAGACACUAGCAUGUGGAAGCUCUUGCCCCCAUUCCUUGGCCAGAUUUGGGUGCUCUGCUGCACCUGCUUCUCAUACAGCUUUUGGGGAUCAUAGUGUAGACUAUCAACAGGAUUCAAAAUGUCUUUCUUUGUAUCGACCAUGGAAGGGAUUCUGAAGAGGGUAUAUUGGGACUGUUCUGAAGAACAUCCCUCUAAAACGUGUCCUGUGGCUUGCUAGAUAUCAGUUGCCUUCUUUUGUUCAGCUGAGGAACUUGAAUGCCUUACCCAAUCACUCAACUGGUAGUAAGCUCGUUUUGUAAAUGUGAAAGUGGAUGUUAGAAGUGGCAUUCAUGGAUGUUCAAUGUAAUCAAUAGACCGUAGUGGCCUGGAUGCUUUAACAAGCAAAAUUCUGCAUUUCUGCCCUCCACCCCAUCCUGUGUCCCCGGCACACUGUGUGAUCUUGAACCUGACCAGUGAUAUUUGAUGCCCUCCCUCUCCCCUGUGCUACCACCAUGUCUGGGACUGAGAUGUGGUGGCCGUGUUUUGCUGUUGACGUGAUCUGCCUGAGGUCCCAUGAGCACAAGCCCCGUCAGCUGCUCUGCUGCGGUGUAAAUAGGAUGGCGUCUGUAAAUAAAGCCACUGUGCUGAGUGCGAGUGCUGCCUUGUGUAGAGCACGAGCUUUGCCUUUUCCUUUGUACAGGUUUUUCUGUCACUAAAUGAUCCAGCCUGUUGGCAUUAGGCUGGGAACAGUGCAGUGAGAUAGCACGAACUGGAACGAAGGUUUAAUGGUUUAGUUAAUGUUAGGAUUUAUUUAUUUAGCCUCUCAGUGCCUAAUAAGACUUUUCUCCAUUUUUUACUUGGCUGUUAAUUUUCUUGUAGGUUAGAUUCUGGGAAGCAGUACACUUAUAGAGCUCAUCUUUGACUCACAAUUUGAAGCUAAGGAAACUAAACAUGUAAUUUGUUUGUAAACUGAAGUGUGGUCCCCUUUUCUAUUUUCAGAGUUUGUGACAACUUUCUAUAAAAACUUGAAAUUCAAUGUGAAUGUAAAUCUCAUCCAUACGAGAGACACAGGACAAACGACGUGUCUUAAGUCUGUCAGGACCUUCUCUGCAGGGGUUCAGUAUGGGCCAACAAGUUCUCCUUCCCUGACUUGACCCCCAAAUGUUUAUUUUAACUUUGUGUUGCUAACAUUAAAUAGACUUACAAGAAGAAUUCCUCCAAACACUCGAAAGAAAAGUUAGUGUGGUUGAAAAGUACUCAGCUGUGUUCCGGGUUCCGCAGAAGCCCCUGGAUCUCUCGCUGAGCUCACUGGCUGGCGUGUAAAGGGUGGUGUCAGGUGGAGUUUUACUUUUUUCCUCUCUAACUUGCUUUGAAGCGUCUUAUACUGCAUUCCAGAGUGCUGUGGACUCAAGUGUUCCCCUGUUAAUCUGUCACCCAGUCACAGCGCUCUGUCCUAGUGGCAGCAGCGUGUGCUACCUCACAGGGAAGGUGCAUCAGGUGGAGAGCCUCUUGAGUGUCUUUGCUUCAGUCGCAGUUGGUUUUCCUGUCAGAUCAUAGGCUGGCCUUUACCGUGAAGCUGAGCUGUGCCCCCGGCCUGGGCCUGUUCUGAGAAGCAGCGUGGACGGUGCUGAGCAGCCUGCCUUACCCACAGUGGCAGCAGUGUGCGGUCUUGGCUUUGACAAAUGCUAUCAGCUGCUCUAGACAAAACAAUCCCAUUUUUGGAAUUUCAUAUUUCUGUAAACAAAAAUAUUGGAAGUUUUGUAUUACUUUGAAUUCUUGAAGGCUAAAUUCAGUGGCACUUUACAAAAUGAAUUAGAUUGGUUUGUAACAGUUUUUAUGCUGGAAAUUUUCAUUUUUGACUCAGUUUGCUAUGGGAAGAAACCCCAAAGUGUUUGGAUUAGAAACAAAUAACGGUGCUUGGCUGAAGAGCACUUUAAACUCCUGUGCUGGCGGCAGCUUCUCUCCUGGACUGUGCAUGAUGGUACCACCAACACAUCUUUGUCCGUUGUGCAUUAUAUGGCGUAUGUACUUGCAAAAAUACCCUUUAAAAUAGUUAUAAUUUUAUCUUUUGGUUGUCUUACCCAUGGAGGUCCUUUAGAUCCCUUCAGUAAGUUUUAAUAAAACACUAGGUAGUUAUAGAACUGAAAACACCACAUUGUCUCUUGAGCCGUUUGUGAAAGUGGAGCAGGAAAGCCCAUCCGAUUGGAACUACAGGCUUCCUGGCCAGAGACUCAGAGCUAGGUUGAAACCCAGUGACACCUGCAGAGCGAGCUGUGAGGGUGCAGAGCACCUCUUCUCCAUCCUGCACUGUGGCUCCGGCUGCUUGUAGGGAGUGACAUUCUGAGUGUCCUCGUUAGUAAUCCCAAGUCACCCUCUGUGUUUACAUGUACUGAAGUAGCUGUAAACUAAUGGAACCUGAAAGAACUUUUCCACAUUUAGGAGCUUUUGUACAGCAAGGUCACGUGUCCUGAUCGAAAGAAGACAUGGUAUUACCCAUAUGCAAGGGAAAAAGCUGAAAUGAGGAACUGUCAUUGCGUUAGCUGUCUGUUGAAUUGGGAAGUGAUGGCACAGGGUCUCAAAUUUGUGUUUCUCAAAUGUGAAUUGUAGUCUGAUGCUGCUCUGUGUAGACUGUAUGUGCUAGGGAUAGUCUCAGCACUGAAUAUGCACCGAUACCUCGCAGAUGAACGAGUGAACGAGCGCAGCCUCUGUCCUAGGUUUCCCUACGCCUCACCGAGUGUCUGAGUGCGGAGAACUUGCGUAUCCUGUUUGCUAGCAGACGUACUUCCUGCUCUUUCCUUCGUUGUUACAUAUUUUUAUGUUUGAAGUUUAAUUUUUACUACUGUUAAUUUAAGUAAGAUUUGUUCCAUGUAUAAAAUGGCAUUGCCAGUGAGAAUCAACAGCCUCAUUGACGUAGCUGCUGAGUGAAGUACAUUUGUGUUCUGUGUUCAUGAACUUGCAAUGAAGCCGCAAUCUUCUUCUGAGAUAAAGUGCGGCUUAGGCUUUAUUUCUGUUUAAUAAGGCUUUCUACCAUUGAUUAAAUGAAGGAAUGUAUCUUUUUGAAGAGAUUUAUAUUCUGUAAAUAAACAUUGGUUGUAACAAUAAAGUUGAGUUCUAACUAA